AGGUUUUAGGCAUCAAAAGGACAUGAAUGUGCCUUGUCCUCAAUUUUGAUUGAGAGAAAGGUGGUGGUGUUGACCUUUCCCUUAGCGUCCCAUCUGAAUUAGGUCACCAAAAUAGAGAGAACCUCUGCAAAUACUCCCCUCCACGGACAUGAACCGAGCUCAAAGUUAGAGAAGACACAAGGAAGAAGAAAAGCUAGCAUAAGUGAGGGAAAAGCUUAAAAAUUGAGGAAUUUUACCAAGGUAUUGUAGACAUCUAAAGGAAUGUAGGAGUGGCUGGAAAAGUCACCAGAGCCGCCGUAGUUUUCACCGGAAAAUUCCAAAAGUCGCUGGAGUUCAAACGAAUAGGAUAAAAGCUUGCUAGCGUCAUUUCGAGGUGAGUGGACGACUACGUAUCUUGUAACUCUUGGGUCAAACGUGGGAUUACCUAAAUAAAAUCAUAAUCAUGAUUUGAGAAAUGAUUAAAUGGAUUGAAAUGCAUGAUUAGUCAUGGUGAAUAUGAAUUACGGAAAUAUUACAUGGUUAAUGAAUAGGAGAUUUAUUUGUGGAUUAAUCAUGAAUAUAUUAUUUCCAAAGUAUAAAAAUGCGUACAUGGACUAUGUAUGAGACAACUAGACUAAUCUAGUAUGUGAAUAUCUAUAGAAAUGUUUAAAAGUGUUUAAACAUAUGAUUAACCAUAUUGAUAAUAAACUAAGUGAAUGUGGCAUGAUUAAUUAAUGAGUAAAGAAUUAUUAAUAUUCUUGAUGAAGAAUAAUCAUGAAUGAUUAUUUGAGAAAAUGACUAAGGAAAACUAGUUUAUGACAAAAAAACUAGGGAAAUAUAUAAGAUAUAAUGAAUUAAUAUAAAUGUUUUGUUGGCUCAUUUGAGAAAUGACCAAAUUAAUUCAAGUAAUAUUCUUGUGAAGAAUUAAGAAAUUCUUAAGUACACGUGCUACUAGGAUAAUCUCGUUUAUGAGAAAUAAACUACAGUAAUAUACAUGAAUGAUUAACUAGUAUAAAUGACCCGAUUAAUAAUUUUUGUGAAUAUAACAUUCCAAUUGGAUGAUGACCAUGAAUGACUCAUUUUAUGAAAUGAAUAAAGGGAAUUCAAGAUGGUAUUCUUGAGAAGAAUUAAAAGUGCAUAAUCAUGCAAGUUUGGAAAGUAAUCUAGUUUAUGAGAAAUAAACUAGAGCAUAAUACAUAAAAAUGAUUUGGAAUAUUAUAAAAACAUAAGAAAUGUUUCGAGUGACCAAAAUGACAUAUAAUGAUUGUUUAUGACUUAACACAUGUUGUAUUUAAGUUUCGGAGAAAUCGGAGUCGUUUCGGGCGGUCAAUGGGGCGUUGACCCGGUCCAACACAGUGGACCGACGCCAGUUUGAGUACGGCAGCCGGUUUAAUUAUUUUAACAGGUGAACCGGCGCCGGUUAUGUAGUGAACCGAUGCCGGUCUCGUCUCGGCUUUUGGGACCGGUUUUUGCUAAAAACCCAAAUCGGACCCGGUUCGAUGUGGGAUUAAUCCCGACCAUCCUAUAUAUGAAUAUUUUGCAUGGAAUUGCAUGGAAUAUGGUGUUUAAAAUGCUCAUGCUUGGAAUGCGGUUUAAACGCUAAGACUUGGACUAGUCGUUAGUAAAGAUAUUAUAGACCACGAUCGGGCGAGGUAAGUGGUAGAUAAUUGAUAGCCGUUAUAUUUACUUGUGUUUAACAUAAGUAUUUAUAAGUAUUUGUUGAAGAAAAGAAGAGAAAUUGGGAAAAUAUCUUGAGAAUGAGAGUUAGAGCAUUAAACAUUGUGAUGAACGGCUUUUGGGACCAAAAGGAUGACGUUUUGCCCAUCAUUUGAGUAUAACGUAUUAUAGAUAACUCGAAAUCACUCCAUUCGAAUUUCAUGUGAAUGGUAACUCAAUAAGGUACAAAUGUUAUGAAGACAUCAUGGCCAGAAUAGGAAAGGAACAAUACUCAAUCAACCGAUAAAGUCAGAUGUUGCUGGUGGGAUUUCAGGAUGCAUACCUCUCAGUAUUUUAUCCAUAUCUGUUGAUUGGAUGAAUAAAAUCACGUCAUUCAAGUUUUGUUGGAUAGAAGACUUCAUUAUAUAACACUUUGGUGAAGGAAUCAUGUCCAAAUUCGUAGCGGACCAUCUCCAAAAUUCCGGUACAAAAACCGACACUUUUUGAUCCAUUUCAGAGGAAGAGAAACGGAGUAUAUUUUUGGGCGCAGCAACCGACGCCGGUCGGUCUUGAACCGGCGCCGGUCGGAACGUAUUUUCUCGCACAAAUGAGCCUGUUUUGAACCAGCGCCGUUCGGGACACAACCGGGGCCGGUUGGGGCGAUUUCUGCACAAAACAGGCCAACGUGCAAGAGGAUUUUUGAUGGGAAAAGGUCAUCUUCCUCAUUUCUUGAUCAAAUAUUGCUCCACACCUGAUUGUUGGGUUCGAAUAGACUAAAAGAUGUCAUUCUUUAGCCUAUAUAAAGCCCUCAAUUCAUCAUGCAAACACAUUCCAUUCCAUAGAUUAAUUCUAGUUUUUUAUAUUUUGUUCUUGUAUUUGUUCUUCAAGUUCUUGAGGAAGGAAGUUCAUCCUCCGAAAUCAUUGGUGUUUAGGUAUUAUUUCCUUUGUAAUUUCAUGUUCCAUUACAUUUAUUAUUGUAUUGUGAUUAAUAUGAGCAUUAGAGGCUAAUUUCUUAGCUAAGGCUAGAGAUGAACUUCUAUGCCCACUAGGUGUUUGAUAAAAGUUCUAAACCAAUAAAUUGUGAUUUAUCCUUUAUAUAUUGAUUGUUUAUGACUAUGGUGUACAACAUAGAAGUAUGUUAAAUUUAGUUUAUACUUGCAAUUAACGUUGAAGUCUAAACUAUGAACACUAAAGGAUAAACAUAUAUAGUACCGAGAAUAGAAAUAUAUCCGGUCUUAUAUGAUACGGGUGUGAUGUCUUGAUAAUCAACGGAGUUUUCGGUAGAUGAAUGUAAGCCGUAACGGGACUUACACGUAACGAAAACCACGCUCUCGCUGCCUUAACCGGAGUUGAGAAUAUAUUAGCGACAUCGUAUUCAUAAUUAUUGGUAAAGAACUAAUAUUCAACCCUAUUAAAGCAUUUAAGUGAUUCCCGAAGCCUUAGUUGUUGUUAUCAUUUAUCUUAAACUUAAAAUUAGUUAACGAUUAUCUUCUUAAGCAAAAAAGUGAAAAGCCAAAAAUAUAAAACACAAAUCAAAAUCCCUGCACUUUACUCAUUUCUUCAUUUAAAGUUAUCUACUCACGGACUAAAUUAAACAACGUUUCCUUGUGGAUUCGACCCGGUAUUUUACCGGAAUUUAUUACUAUAUCGGCACUUGUACACUUGCAAGUUUAGCCCGCUCAAGUUUUUGGCGCCGUUGCCGGGGAAACGGUCUUGUUUAAAAAAGUCCAAAGGAAAAAAAAAAACAAUCACUUAAAAAUCCUGAAUUUAUUUUACUCUUUUUCACUUGAUCUUGGAAAGGUUUAUUUUUGUGUGUGUAGAUAUUCCUUUGUGUUUGCAUGCACUUGAGAAGUCAAGGUUAAAAAAAAAAGAACUUGCAAACACAUUAGGAAGGAGCAAAAAGCCACAAAUAUGAUGCCCACACUAAACGAGAGGAAGAGACCCGUUGUUGCAACUUCCCCGUCUUGCAUUGUACUAAGCGAGGAGGCAAGAGACUAUGAACUAAAGCAUAGCUACUUCAACGCUUUGCCUCAGUUUCAUGGGCAUUCGGGAGAAAAUCCACUGAACUUUAUCACGGAGUUCUAUGGAUUUAUUCAAGGGAUUCCAAGGAAUAAGCUCGCCGAAGACGAUCUCAAACUCAAAUGCUUCCCCUACACUCUCAAAGGGGCGGCAAGAGGAUGGUUUCUAGAGCAAACUCCAGCGAGCUACACAACGUGGGAAGGUAUUUACAAUGCCUUCAUGUCUAAAUACUACACACCCACCAUGACUCAAGAGCUUAGACAACGCAUUUUCAAUUUCAAACAACAAAAUGGUGAGCUCUUUCAAGACGCAUGGCGGCGUUUCAAAUCAUUGCUAAGGGAAUGUCCACACCACCGCAUUCCCCUUGAUCUUCAAAUUGACACGUUCUACAAUGGUUUGAAUGCACCUUGUCAAGCCAUUGUAGACAACCGAGCCGAGGGCUACAUUGGAAACAAGAAUGAAACUGAAGCAUUCCGAAUCAUUGAAUCCAUUGCCUCAAAUCCCCAACUUCAAGGAGACGAUUACAAGGUGGUCGGGAUGAAUGAAAUCUCUAUCACAAACGAGAUCAACAAAAGGCUUGAACAAAUGGAGUCAAAAAUUGAGCAGAAAUUUCAAACGGCCCUUCAAGCCGUAUUGGGAGGUGUCAAACAGAUAGCUAAUGUGGAGAGCAUUCAAAACCCGGAAGGUGAUUUAUCUCAACAUCUUGAGGAGGUAAAUUUCAUGAACUCUUAUGGGAACCGGGGAAACAAUAAUCCUUCUAAUCAACAAAGGUGGAACCAAGGGAGCAAUUGGAAGCCACAACCCCAAUCCGAAGCACCUAGUUUUGGGCAGUCUAAGGAGAUCACCAUGGAAGAUAUGAUGCAAUUCAUGUCCAAAAGCAUGACAAACAUGAAGGCUCAAAAUGAAGAGAACCAUAGUAGAGUGGAGGCAUCCAUUGGGAAUCUCCAUUCUCAAUUCACCAAGUUGGAUCUUCGCUUUGAAGAUCAAAAUAUAAAGCUUAAUCAACGCAUCGACACCAUUGAACAAUACACCAAGGCAUCCAUUCGGAAUCUUGAAGUUCAAAUGGGACAACUUGCCCAAAAAGUAAGUUCUAGGGAGCAAGGCAAAUUUCCUACAACCACGGAGAUGAACCCGAGGGAAAACGUAAUGGCCAUUACCACAAGGAGUGGUAAGACAACGGAGGAUCCAAAGAUGCCGGAAGAGGAGGAGAUCCCGGAAAAACAAAAAGAAGGUGAAAGUGAGGAGCAUAUGAUGCCACCAUCGAACAUGGCUAAUUAUGUUCCUCCCAUUCCAUAUCCUCAAAGGUUAAAGAAAAAGAAUGAUGGUGCUCAAUAUAGAAAAUUUCUUGAUAUUUUUACUAAAUUGAGCAUCAACAUUCCAUUUGCCGAAGCUAUAGCGGAAAUUCCAUCUUAUGCCAAAUUCUUGAAGGGCAUUCUCUCAAAUAAGAAAAAAUUGGCGGAAUUUGCUACCAUUGCCCUCACGGAGGAGUGUAGUGCUAUCCUACAAAACAAACUCCCUCCUAAAUUGAAGGACCCCGGAAGCUUCACGGUACCGUGUUCUAUCGGCAAAAUUGGAGAGGUAAGAUCCCUUUGUGAUCUUGGUGCUAGUAUCAACCUCAUGCCCCAUUCUUUAUUUAAAAAGCUUGGUGUGGGGGAACUCCAACCAACAACGGUCGCCCUACAAUUAGCGGAUAGAACAAUCCGCUAUCCAGUAGGCAUCAUGGAGGAUGUUCUUGUCAAAGUUGGAAAAUUCUAUUUCCCGGUAGAUUUUCUUGUUUUGGACAUGGAAGAGAUGGAGAUCCCCGUCAUCCUUGGGAGAUCAUUUUUGGCCACCUCUGCAGCCGUCAUUGAUGUACAAGCGGGCACGGUAAAGCUAAGAGUGGGAGGAGAUGAUGAAACAUUCCAUAUAUGGAAGACACGAUCCACUCCAACUCAAAACAUGAAGGACAACACAAACCGUUUCACACCUCCCAAGACUAUAAACAUCAUGGACAUCAAGAAGGCACAAAUAUUUGGGCCCGAGGAUCCUCCAACACACCCCGAAGACGUACUCGAGAUCACACCAACGAACAACGAAGUUCUCUCGAAACUCUACCCGAUGAAAGGAGACACAAUGAUCAAAUUCUACCGGAGAAAAGCAUCACAUCCACCGCCUUAAAAGAGGUACAUUCGUCCGGCCUAUGACGUUAAGCUAAGCGCUAAUUGGGAGGCAACCCAAAAAAAAAUCAAAAAAAAAUCAAAAAAAAAAAAAUCAAAAAAAAAAUCAAAAAAAAAAAAAUCAAAAAAAAAAAAGAAAAAAAACAAACAAAAAAAAACAUUGAUCUCAGCUCAAGUAUCAUGCAUUUUCUUCUCUCAAAGACAUCUCAUUCCACUAUUGAAGAUUUCAUCUUGCAUUACAUUCUCCAAUCUACAUUGAGGACAAUGUAAAUCAAGUGUGGGGGGUGAAUAAUUAGUUGAGAAACUUUUCUUUACAAAUUAAUUUUUUUCUAGGAAGGUUAAAAUUUUUGAUAUUCUCUCUUUUAAGGGUUUUGGUUGAGAAAGAUUUUCUUUUACUCACAAAAAUGUAUUUUUCGAUUAAUUAAAAUAUUUAUUAAUCUUGAAACCACCACUUCCACUCAAAUUUGUGACAAUUUUCCAAAUCCAUACAAAUGUGCAUAGAGUGCAAAUUCAAAAUAAAAGUUUCAUCCCAACUCCAAAUCACUCUAUUGUCGGAUUCUCCUCAUUUCUGACAAACUAGAUAUAUAAUUACGGAGAACAAAAAAAAGAGUUGAUAUACAAAAAGCAAAACUCAUGUUCUCCUAGAAUAACCUUCUCUAUAAAAUCAAGUUGUCAGUCCACAAGAAGAAAAAAACACCGACAUACCCACACAUUGCCUAAAUUGUCACAAAAUAAACCCAUCAAGUGUUUAAAUAUUUUUCUUAAUCUUAAAUACAUUUAUUGUGAGUAAUAGAAAAAGGUUUUUGGCUCGAGAAAGAUUAAAGAGUUUAUAUCUAAUUUUUAACAUCUCAUUAAACUUUUAAUUUGCAUGGUUUAGUUUCUUUUCUAAUUGUGCAUCAAUACAAAGAAAUUGCUUGAGGACAAGCAAUGCUCAAGUAUGGGGGGAUUUGAUAGCCGUUAUAUUUACUUGUGUUUAACAUAAGUAUUUAUAAGUAUUUGUUGAAGAAAAGAAGAGAAAUUGGGAAAAUAUCUUGAGAAUGAGAGUUAGAGCAUUAAACAUUGUGAUGAACGGCUUUUGGGAUCAAAAGGAUGACGUUUUGCCCAUCAUUUGAGUAUAACGUAUUAUAGAGAACUCGAAAUCACUCCAUUCGAAUUUCAUGUGAAUGGUAACUCAAUAAGGUACAAAUGUUAUGAAGACAUCAUGGCCAGAAUAGGAAAGGAACAAUACUCAAUCAACCGAUAAAGUCAGAUGUUGCUGGUGGGAUUUCAGGAUGCAUACCUCUCAGUAUUUUAUCCAUAUCUGUUGAUUGGAUGAAUAAAAUCACGUCAUUCAAGUUUUGUUAGAUAGAAGACUUCAUUAUCUAACACUUUGGUGAAGGAAUCAUGUCCCAAUUCGUAGCGGACCAUCUCCAAAAUUCCGGUACAAAAACCGACACUUUUUGAUCCAUUUCAGAGGAAGAGAAACGGAGUAUAUUUUUGGGCGCAGCAACCGGCGCCGGUCGGUCUUGAACCGGCGCCGGUCGGAACGUUUUUUCUCGCACAAAUGAGCCUGUUUUGAACCGGCGCCGUUCGGGACACAACCGGGGCCGGUUGGGGCGAUUUCUGCACAAAACAGGCCAACGUGCAACAGGAUUUUUGAUGGGAAAAGGUCAUCUUCCUCAUUUCUUGAUCAAAUAUUGCUCCACACCUGAUUGUUGGGUUCGAAUAGACUAAAAGAUGUCAUUCUUUAGCCUAUAUAAAGCCCUCAAUUCAUCAUGCAAACACAUUCCAUUCCAUAGAUUAAUUCUAGUUUUUUAUAUUUUGUUCUUGUAUUUGUUCUUCAAGUUCUUGAGGAAGGAAGUUCAUCCUCCGAAAUCAUUGGUGUUUAGGUAUUAUUUCCUUUGUAAUUUCAUGUUCCAUUACAUUUAUUAUUGUAUUGUGAUUAAUAUGAGCAUUAGAGGCUAAUUUCUUAGCUAAGGCUAGAGAUGAACUUCUAUGCCCACUAGGUGUUUGAUAAAAGUUCUAAACCAAUAAAUUGUGAUUUAUCCUUUAUAUAUUGAUUGUUUAUGACUAUGGUGUACAACAUAGAAGUAUGUUAAAUUUAGUUUAUACUUGCAAUUAACGUUGAAGUCUAAACUAUGAACACUAAAGGAUAAACAUAUAUAGUACCGAGAAUAGAAAUAUAUCCGGUCUUAUAUGAUACGGGUGUGAUGUCUUGAUAUUCAACGGGGUUUUCGGUAGAUGAAUGUAAGCCGUAACGGGACUUACACGUAACGAAAACCACGCUCUCGCUGCCUUAACCGGAGUUGAGAAUAUAUUAGCGACAUCGUAUUCAUAAUUAUUGGUAAAGAACUAAUAUUCAACCCUAUUAAAGCAUUUAAGUGAUUCCCGAAGCCUUAGUUGUUGUUAUCAUUUAUCUUAAACUUAAAAUUAGUUAACGAUUAUCUUCUUAAGCAAAAAAGUGAAAAGCCAAAAAUAUAAAACACAAAUCAAAAUCCCUGCACUUUACUCAUUUCUUCAUUUAAAGUUAUCUACUCACGGACUAAAUUAAACAACGUUUCCUUGUGGAUUCGACCCGGUAUUUUACCGGAAUUUAUUACUAUAUCGGCACUUGUACACUUGCAAGUUUAGCCCGCUCAAGUUUUUGGCGCCGUUGCCGGGGAAACGGUCUUGUUUAAAAAAGUUCAAAGGAAAAAAAAAAACAAUCACUUAAAAAUCCUGAAUUUAUUUUACUCUUUUUCACUUGAUCUUGGAAAGGUUUAUUUUUGUGUGUGUAGAUAUUCCUUUGUGUUUGCAUGCACUUGAGAAGUCAAGGUUAAAAAAAAAAGAACUUGCAAACACAUUAGGAAGGAGCAAAAAGCCACAAAUAUGAUGCCCACACUAAACGAGAGGAAGAGACCCGUUGUUGCAACUUCCCCGUCUUGCAUUGUACUAAGCGAGGAGGCAAGAGACUAUGAACUAAAGCAUAGCUACUUCAACGCUUUGCCUCAGUUUCAUGGGCAUUCGGGAGAAAAUCCACUGAACUUUAUCACGGAGUUCUAUGGAUUUAUUCAAGGGAUUCCAAGGAAUAAGCUCGCCGAAGACGAUCUCAAACUCAAAUGCUUCCCCUACACUCUCAAAGGGGCGGCAAGAGGAUGGUUUCUAGAGCAAACUCCAGCGAGCUACACAACGUGGGAAGGUAUUUACAAUGCCUUCAUGUCUAAAUACUACACACCCACCAUGACUCAAGAGUUUAGACAACGCAUUUUCAAUUUCAAACAACAAAAUGGUGAGCUCUUUCAAGACGCAUGGCGGCGUUUCAAAUCAUUGCUAAGGGAAUGUCCACACCACCGCAUUCCCCUUGAUCUUCAAAUUGACACGUUCUACAAUGGUUUGAAUGCACCUUGUCAAGCCAUUGUAGACAACCGAGCCGAGGGCUACAUUGGAAACAAGAAUGAAACUGAAGCAUUCCGAAUCAUUGAAUCCAUUGCCUCAAAUCCCCAACUUCAAGGAGACGAUUACAAGGUGGUCGGGAUGAAUGAAAUCUCUAUCACAAACGAGAUCAACAAAAGGCUUGAACAAAUGGAGUCAAAAAUUGAGCAGAAAUUUCAAACGGCCCUUCAAGCCGUAUUGGGAGGUGUCAAACAGAUAGCUAAUGUGGAGAGCAUUCAAAACCCGGAAGGUGAUUUAUCUCAACAUCUUGAGGAGGUAAAUUUCAUGAACUCUUAUGGGAACCGGGGAAACAAUAAUCCUUCUAAUCAACAAAGGUGGAACCAAGGGAGCAAUUGGAAGCCACAACCCCAAUCCGAAGCACCUAGUUUUGGGCAGUCUAAGGAGAUCACCAUGGAAGAUAUGAUGCAAUUCAUGUCCAAAAGCAUGACAAACAUGAAGGCUCAAAAUGAAGAGAACCAUAGUAGAGUGGAGGCAUCCAUUGGGAAUCUCCAUUCUCAAUUCACCAAGUUGGAUCUUCGCUUUGAAGAUCAAAAUAUAAAGCUUAAUCAACGCAUCGACACCAUUGAACAAUACACCAAGGCAUCCAUUCGGAAUCUUGAAGUUCAAAUGGGACAACUUGCCCAAAAAGUAAGUUCUAGGGAGCAAGGCAAAUUUCCUACAACCACGGAGAUGAACCCGAGGGAAAACGUAAUGGCCAUUACCACAAGGAGUGGUAAGACAACGGAGGAUCCAAAGAUGCCGGAAGAGGAGGAGAUCCCGGAAAAACAAAAAGAAGGUGAAAGUGAGGAGCAUAUGAUGCCACCAUCGAACAUGGCUAAUUAUGUUCCUCCCAUUCCAUAUCCUCAAAGGUUAAAGAAAAAGAAUGAUGGUGCUCAAUAUAGAAAAUUUCUUGAUAUUUUUACUAAAUUGAGCAUCAACAUUCCAUUUGCCGAAGCUAUAGCGGAAAUUCCAUCUUAUGCCAAAUUCUUGAAGGGCAUUCUCUCAAAUAAGAAAAAAUUGGCGGAAUUUGCUACCAUUGCCCUCACGGAGGAGUGUAGUGCUAUCCUACAAAACAAACUCCCUCCUAAAUUGAAGGACCCCGGAAGCUUCACGGUACCGUGUUCUAUCGGCAAAAUUGGAGAGGUAAGAUCCCUUUGUGAUCUUGGUGCUAGUAUCAACCUCAUGCCCCAUUCUUUAUUUAAAAAGCUUGGUGUGGGGGAACUCCAACCAACAACGGUCGCCCUACAAUUAGCGGAUAGAACAAUCCGCUAUCCAGUAGGCAUCAUGGAGGAUGUUCUUGUCAAAGUUGGAAAAUUCUAUUUCCCGGUAGAUUUUCUUGUUUUGGACAUGGAAGAGAUGGAGAUCCCCGUCAUCCUUGGGAGAUCAUUUUUGGCCACCUCUGCAGCCGUCAUUGAUGUACAAGCGGGCACGGUAAAGCUAAGAGUGGGAGGAGAUGAUGAAACAUUCCAUAUAUGGAAGACACGAUCCACUCCAACUCAAAACAUGAAGGACAACACAAACCGUUUCACACCUCCCAAGACUAUAAACAUCAUGGACAUCAAGAAGGCACAAAUAUUUGGGCCCGAGGAUCCUGCAACACACCCCGAAGACGUACUCGAGAUCACACCAACGAACAACGAAGUUCUCUCGAAACUCUACCCGAUGAAAGGAGACACAAUGAUCAAAUUCUACCGGAGAAAAGCAUCACAUCCACCGCCUUAAAAGAGGUACAUUCGUCCGGCCUAUGACGUUAAGCUAAGCGCUAAUUGGGAGGCAACCCAAAAAAAAAUCAAAAAAAAAUCAAAAAAAAAAAAAUCAAAAAAAAAAUCAAAAAAAAAAAAAAUCAAAAAAAAAAAAGAAAAAAAACAAACAAAAAAAAACAUUGAUCUCAGCUCAAGUAUCAUGCAUUUUCUUCUCUCAAAGACAUCUCAUUCCACUAUUGAAGAUUUCAUCUUGCAUUACAUUCUCCAAUCUACAUUGAGGACAAUGUAAAUCAAGUGUGGGGGGUGAAUAAUUAGUUGAGAAACUUUUCUUUACAAAUUAAUUUUUUUCUAGGAAGGUUAAAAUUUUUGAUAUUCUCUCUUUUAAGGGUUUUGGUUGAGAAAGAUUUUCUUUUACUCACAAAAAUGUAUUUUUCGAUUAAUUAAAAUAUUUAUUAAUCUUGAAACCACCACUUCCACUCAAAUUUGUGACAAUUUUCCAAAUCCAUACAAAUGUGCAUAGAGUGCAAAUUCAAAAUAAAAGUUUCAUCCCAACUCCAAAUCACUCUAUUGUCGGAUUCUCCUCAUUUCUGACAAACUAGAUAUAUAAUUACGGAGAACAAAAAAAAGAGUUGAUAUACAAAAAGCAAAACUCAUGUUCUCCUAGAAUAACCUUCUCUAUAAAAUCAAGUUGUCAGUCCACAAGAAGAAAAAAACACCGACAUACCCACACAUUGCCUAAAUUGUCACAAAAUAAACCCAUCAAGUGUUUAAAUAUUUUUCUUAAUCUUAAAUACAUUUAUUGUGAGUAAUAGAAAAAGGUUUUUGGCUCGAGAAAGAUUAAAGAGUUUAUAUCUAAUUUUUAACAUCUCAUUAAACUUUUAAUUUGCAUGGUUUAGUUUCUUUUCUAAUUGUGCAUCAAUACAAAGAAAUUGCUUGAGGACAAGCAAUGCUCAAGUAUGGGGGGAUUUGAUAGCCGUUAUAUUUACUUGUGUUUAACAUAAGUAUUUAUAAGUAUUUGUUGAAGAAAAGAAGAGAAAUUGGGAAAAUAUCUUGAGAAUGAGAGUUAGAGCAUUAAACAUUGUGAUGAACGGCUUUUGGGAUCAAAAGGAUGACGUUUUGCCCAUCAUUUGAGUAUAACGUAUUAUAGAGAACUCGAAAUCACUCCAUUCGAAUUUCAUGUGAAUGGUAACUCAAUAAGGUACAAAUGUUAUGAAGACAUCAUGGCCAGAAUAGGAAAGGAACAAUACUCAAUCAACCGAUAAAGUCAGAUGUUGCUGGUGGGAUUUCAGGAUGCAUACCUCUCAGUAUUUUAUCCAUAUCUGUUGAUUGGAUGAAUAAAAUCACGUCAUUCAAGUUUUGUUAGAUAGAAGACUUCAUUAUCUAACACUUUGGUGAAGGAAUCAUGUCCCAAUUCGUAGCGGACCAUCUCCAAAAUUCCGGUACAAAAACCGACACUUUUUGAUCCAUUUCAGAGGAAGAGAAACGGAGUAUAUUUUUGGGCGCAGCAACCGGCGCCGGUCGGUCUUGAACCGGCGCCGGUCGGAACGUUUUUUCUCGCACAAAUGAGCCUGUUUUGAACCGGCGCCGUUCGGGACACAACCGGGGCCGGUUGGGGCGAUUUCUGCACAAAACAGGCCAACGUGCAACAGGAUUUUUGAUGGGAAAAGGUCAUCUUCCUCAUUUCUUGAUCAAAUAUUGCUCCACACCUGAUUGUUGGGUUCGAAUAGACUAAAAGAUGUCAUUCUUUAGCCUAUAUAAAGCCCUCAAUUCAUCAUGCAAACACAUUCCAUUCCAUAGAUUAAUUCUAGUUUUUUAUAUUUUGUUCUUGUAUUUGUUCUUCAAGUUCUUGAGGAAGGAAGUUCAUCCUCCGAAAUCAUUGGUGUUUAGGUAUUAUUUCCUUUGUAAUUUCAUGUUCCAUUACAUUUAUUAUUGUAUUGUGAUUAAUAUGAGCAUUAGAGGCUAAUUUCUUAGCUAAGGCUAGAGAUGAACUUCUAUGCCCACUAGGUGUUUGAUAAAAGUUCUAAACCAAUAAAUUGUGAUUUAUCCUUUAUAUAUUGAUUGUUUAUGACUAUGGUGUACAACAUAGAAGUAUGUUAAAUUUAGUUUAUACUUGCAAUUAACGUUGAAGUCUAAACUAUGAACACUAAAGGAUAAAC